CCGUUCACAGUGACAGUAUGACAGACGCUGUCAAUUGCAGGUGGAGUGGGACACACAUUCAUUCACAGAGCACUCACGUCAUCGAUACAUCUGGAUUACUGACUGAGUGGGUGUUUCGGAGGAGGGCAGGAUCUUCAUAACAUUGACGCUGUCAUAUGAAAUGGUUGCAUGGAAAUAACUCCUCCAGUCGAUACACCUUACGACCGCUUGGAUUUAAAAAUUGUAUACGACUUGCUCAAAGACAUUCAAUUGAAUUCUAACAACUCAAGGAUAGGAUCGAACGCAAUUGCAGCAAGGUUCAACAUGAAUCGACCAGGGGGAUUGUUUGGAGAACCUGCAUAGCUAGUACAUAGCUACAUAGAAAAAGACAUUUAUUUUAUCCUGUUGAAAUAAGGAAACAGGCGUGAGCUGUCGGAUUUGAUAUAACACUAUUCCCAAGGCAUCAUGAAGAAUUGGUCGGCUAUAAGUGAAGUUGUCACGAUGACGUUUACUGAUAAUGCGACCGAAUUGGUUCCGAACAGGCCAGAAACAUAUUCCGACCACAAGCUUAUAUGGAAUAUUGCCACUGCAAUCAUCUGUGUGGAAUUCGUGUGUGCGUUCAUACUCAAUGCCAUUGUCAUUGGUCUGUUGAAGAGGAAUAAAAAACGAAACCGGAUGUCAUUCUUCGUUCUGCAUCUAGCCAUUUCCGACUUUCUGAUGGCAGUGUUCUACAUCUUCCCAGUGGUGAUAGACAGACUAUUGGAUGUCUGGCUGGCCGGUCUGUUCAUGUGUAAACUAAUCAAGUACUUAAGUUUGGUCGUGUGUUUCGCCUCUACCUACAUGCUGGUGGUUCUAAGUGUGGACAGAUUGUAUGCUAUCGCUCGGCCAUUGUCCGCCACCAAACGAGGCAUGUUCUACAAGUGGACGCUGGUCAUUAUAGCCUGGGUCAUCGCAGCCAUGUUGGGUAUCUAUGACUUGGUGUUUGCCAAGAUAGUCACCGGAAUACCCACCCCUGCACAUGAUAUACCAUUUUGUGAAAUAAUCUACCCAGAUAAUAUGACGAAACCCCUGAUUCUUUUGUUUGCCUCUACAAACAUGUUCGUGCCGGCUGUACUAAUUGGAGCCUGUUACACCACCAUUGUAUUAAUCUUGUGGCGUAGAGGAAGACAAGGAAUUCCUCUGUCCAAUCCUGAUGUCGACUCGUAUACCACCAACUCCCGUCUCAAGUCUGACUCCGGUAUCAUCCACAGAGCAAAGAUCAAAACUAUCAAGAUCACUUUUGUCGUGGUUUCUGUGUUUAUUGCGUGUUGGGGACCCUUCACGUUCUACUCCAUCCUUCUCCUCUACCACCUGGUUCCGAUGAACGGUUCAUUCUUCAUUGUCAUGUCACUUGCACCCUUGAACAGCGUCGCUAACCCAGUCGUUUUCCUUCUCUUCAACUACAGGACUCUCUGUGAGAGGAAACGGAAAAACAGAUAUGAUCAUAAUGGAACCACCACCACCACUAAGACCACCUUCACCACGUAUCUACAAAAGGACUCUGAUUGGUCUAAAAAUUAUCCGAUGUCACGUGUGCAUUAAAAUCGCUAUGAUUUUGUGAUUGAUAAAGAUGUGUUCAAAUACCGCGUGUUCAAUUCAAUCUGCGUCGUCUGUUUGGUUCAAACAUUAUCCAAUGAGAGAUGUGCAUUAACAUAGUUUUGCUCUCAGAUUGAUCAUGUCGUGUGUACAUUGAUGUGGUUAUGUUAUCUUAUUGGUUAAAACGUUACCAAAGGUUACGUUUGCAUCUACGAGGCUAUGCUCUGUGAUUGGUGAGGUUGUCAUCCAAUGUCGGAAGUGCAUUAACAUAGCUGAGGUCUUUGAUUGGUCUCAAAUGUAUCUCAUGUCGUGUGUACAUUGAUAAGGCUAUGUUCUUUGAUUUGUAACAAUGUUAUCAAAUAUCACAUGUUCAUCUACAAGGCUAUCCUCUGUGAUUGGUCAAAAUGUUAUCCGAUGUACAUAUAUAUAAUAUUAAUUGAAACGGCCUUAUCUUGAAUUGAGCAACAAGAUAGUGAAUGUCGCUAGUACAUUGACAUAUUAAUACUUGGGCCUGGUUGGUUUCCUAUCAGGAUCCAAUAUUGUACAAUACGUGAUAUUUGUUUGUAUAAAUCUAGUGCAUUGUAUAUACAUAUUCAUUUCAGUGAAUCUACAAUAAAAUA